AUGGCUCUUUCAACAACACUGUUUCCAGUACUUAUACUGUGAAAAGAAUAUCUCCAUUUGCAUAGGGAUAAAAUUUUGAACUGGAAUAGGUACAUUUUCCUGAGGACGUAAAUUCAAACGCUCGUUUUUGGCACCGAAAGUGUCGGCUAUCAGUCGGAUUAUAAGGUCACUAUCAAUUGUGAAUAGUAUGGAAUCUCGUAACACUUGGGACUGAAAUGUAACCAUCAUCCUGUUACAGGGGCUAUGAAUGGCGUCAAGUUUAUCCACUUAUAAAGUGUUGAAUUCCGACAUAAUUUAUAUCUAUACUGACUACGUUGCAAUCAUUGUUAUAAGAGUGCCCUGUUCAGACUCAGACUUAUUUUUUCGAUGACUCACGUAAAAUUCUGUUUCCACAAAAUAGUUGCUGCCAUGAAUAAUCAUAUAUGCAUGAAAACAAGACAUUUAGCUGGAUGCAUUUUAUCAAAAUAUUAUGCCGACUAUAGCGCGCCAUAAAGAUUCAGCAAUAAUGGAUGUGAGUUGUAUUUAUUGUGUAGAGGUCAAGACGUGAAAAUCCUAUAUUACUUUUAAAAGAUGCACGACAGAAGCUAUUCGAAAACAGUCUAGGUUCGCCGACUUUUCAAACUCGACGGAAGAUUCUGAGAUAAAAUUAACAUGAAUUUAAAUCUGAAAUGUGCUGCAUGUACUUUACACAGCUCGCAGAGGCGGUAACUUAAGGUGAAAGAAAUAUGGGAGCGUUAAACUGCUAUUAUAUAUUGGUGUGGUGGAUAUUUUUCAUUCCUUUGCUGGAUGCAGAAAUAUGUGAAUUCUACGAAAAAGUAAUGGAUUGGGAUUGGAAUAAUUGGAAUACUUCAGCAAUAAAGAAAAAAUAUUCCAGAAUUCGUUACAAAAUUCAACGGUCCUCGUUUUACUGCUAUUCUAACCAAUAUUGUUGUUGGAAGGACUGUUGCUACAAGUACAAAACUGAAUCAUACGAAGACGACGAAGAUAAAACAAAACUAUCUACAGAUUCUGUAUGGGGUAUCAUUAUCGGUGUGACGGUUGGAUGCUGUUUGUUCUUAGCCUGUUGUGUACAGUUAUGUAAAAGUGGCCACACAGCACAAACAACUAUACCAAUGACGGUAGCUCGCUCUGACGAUGGAACAGUUAUCGUCCGUCAGAGAAAUUCAGAGGAGCCUAAUGCUUCAGCAUCAAUGCCUCUUUUUCCUGACGGCCAGAACACAGUGCAACACUCCCGAUCACCACUGGACGACAACAGCUGCUCUGAGCGUGCAGUUCCUGGCAAUCAGUCAGACCUGGGGCCGAUGUCAUCUCCAAACGAAUACAAUAAUCGGUCAUCUCAUACCACAGAUUAUACACUACCCCCACCAUCUUACGAAUAUGUCAUGUCACAUGAUUUUCCUGGUAGUGGGAGUCAGCAUUUAAAUAAACAAACAGAUUAAAUGGAAAUAUCCGAAAUAUGCAUGAAUUAUAUUACUUCUAUGACCAUUCUUAAUCAAACAAAUAUAUCUUUUAAGGACAUUAUCGGAAUGGAUGAAAAGAUGAAACUCAGCUAACCCCCUCUCUUUGUCCACAAAAAUGUAAAAUCUUAUGCUCGAGUUAAAUUUUCUUUCUGAAGCAUUUUUUUUUUAUUUACAGUUUAACCUUUCCACAUGUAAAUUAAGGAUUUUUGUCCGAUAAAGGAGUGAAAAAAAUCUUUUGCACAUUUAGAUCACUUGUUUUAUACACAAUGUAGCAUAAAUAUCAUAAGGUUAGUUUAAUGUUAAAUUUCUUUUAAAAAAAUAUGUACCAAGGCUACUGGAACCCGCAGAGCAAAAACAUAUUUUAAUUUCUCAAUGUGUGCAGGCAAAUGGUUACAUAGUGUUUCGUCUGAAAUCAACUGUUGCUGGCCUCUCCCAAUCCUAUAGAAUAGGGGAAUCAAUCAGCGGACUUGAUCAGUAUUUAAAGACCUAAUUUUUCUCAACGACUUUUGAAGAAUGUAUUGAUCAUGUGAAUCUGUUUUAUAUUAAUACGCUUUCAAAAAUGAACCCAGAUACUAUUUUAGAAAUAGUUUUAAGAGUUUUCUAUGCACAUCAGUAAAUAAAAUGAUUAUAAAAAUAUA